AAGAAAUCAUAAGAUGAGAUCAGGAGCCCAUUAAAUGCCAUCGGGGCAGAGAGCCAGUCUGUCGGGAUUCGCUUUUCUCAAGAUGCUAGCCGUAGUUUCUCCAGUCAUUGCCGUUUUGCUGGCGUUGGCUACGCCUUCGGCAGCAACUUUCCAGAGUGACUGCCUGGCUCUUACUCCUCAGACUACAGUGGUUAACUCGACUGCCCAAAAGAUCAGUCAUGUGGAGUCCGGCACCAAUCUCACCUUUCCAGAACAAGAUGCAUCAUGCGGUCGCGGAAGCCAGGUGGUCCGCGCCAAUCUUUGCCGUGUCGCCAUGAACAUUACAACUUCUAGUAGAUCUCAGAUUGUCACUGAAGUAUGGCUGCCAGAGAAAUGGAACGGGCGCAUGGUGACGGUUGCUGGUGGAGGGCUCGACGGGUGCGUUCACACUGAGGACCUUGCGUACGCCACUGCUCACGGCUUUGCCGCUGUCGGCACGAACAACGGGCAUGCUGGAACGACCGGUGUACAGUUUCUCAAUAAUGACGAUGUUGUAAUCGACUUUUCGUACAGAGCAAUUCACACUGGCGUUCUUGCUGGAAAGAGUCUUCUCAAGUCUCUCUACAAGGAAAAGAUGACGGGCUCUUACUUUUUGGGUUGUUCUCUUGGAGGGCGACAAGGGGUGACAGCUGCAGACAUGUUUCCAGAAGACUUUGAUGGCAUCGUUGCAGGUGCACCGGCAGUGGAUUUCGACAAUCUGUACUCCUGGCGAGCCGGGUUCUACCCUCUGACCGGGUCUGUCGACUCCAAGGACUUCAUUACUCCCACCGCCUGGAAGACAACCAUUCAUGAUGAAGUCCUCAAGCAAUGCGAUACUAUUGAUGGUGUCCAAGACGGUAUCAUAGAGGAUCCCAGCCUUUGUAAGUUCGAACCUGGGACCCUCCUCUGCAAACCAAACAGCGGCGACACCCAGUGCCUCACCAGCGCACAAGUCGAUAUCGUGAGAAGGAUCUUUAGCCCGACCAACUACACUGACGGCAAGUUAUUUUGGCCAGCCAUGAACCCAGGCAGUGAGAUCAUUACCGCAGACGGGCUGUACAGUGGCAAACCAUUCGCUCUGUCCCAGAACUGGUUCCGCUAUGCUAUUUACAACGAUCCGAGCUGGGACCCGGCUACCUACACACUCGAAAAGGACGGCAAAUUUGCUGAAAAGCGGAACCCCGGCAACAUCAAGACGUAUCCACGCGAUUUAUCUGCAUUCAAGAGGAAGGGAGGAAAGCUGUUGAUGUAUCAUGGCCAGCAGGAUCAGCAGAUCACAAGUUUCCACACCCCCAUCUUCUAUGAUCGCUUAGCAAAAGGCAUGCAUCUGAACAACACUGGAAUGGAUGACUUCACACGCUUUUUCCGAAUUUCAGGCCUCUACCAUUGCACCACAGGACCUGGUGCGUGGCUGAUUGGACAAGGAAGCAGUGGGGGGAACUCAGCCGUCAUCAGCGAUAGUCUCCCGUUCAACAGAACUUACAACGUUCUGGCCGCCAUAGUAGACUGGGCAGAGGGCGGAAUCGCUCCGGACACCAUAACAGGAACGAAGUUUGUCAACGACAGUGUGGAUGCGGGUGUGGAAAUUCAACGCCGACAUUGCAGAUACCCCUUGCGGAACACAUACAGGGGCGAAGGCAUGGACCCGAAAUUCCCGGAUAGUUGGCAAUGUGUGUAACUGCACAUUCAACCGGAUUAAGAAGGCGAGAUGGUUAGAGAGGCUCAUGAUAAUUGCCUCGGGUCUUGUAAGCUAGAUCCUGGAUCUAUGUCAAAAAUAAAAUGUCCCAUGUCAGUCUUCAAUUUGAAGUAACAAGUAUAAAG